AUGAGCGAGUCUGCCUUUCAACAGAGAUUGCCGGAGUCUGAAAGGGAUCCUUCAAGAGACCUCCAGUCCGGGAAAGCCGGCGCUCCACCAAGGAAAAAACGACGGCGACAAAUUAAUUCCUGCUCUGAAUGUCGGCGACGAAGGUCUCGCUGUGACCGCAGACUUCCAUGUGGGGAGUGCUCGAAGAAUAAAUGUUCAUGCCAUUACAUAGACGACCUGGAUACGGCCACGACCACCCAGAAGCGGGACACAAGCGCAAAGAAUGCAUCGUUUCCUCCAACAGCCCCGUCAGCGUCACAAGAACUGCCUUUGCCAAACCCUACGAGGCUCGCUGAGACACAGGAAGAUUUAACUGCACGUGUCCACAAACUGGAAUCCCUUUUGAACACCUACUUGCCAGUCCUGAGUCGGUUACAGUCAAGCCAGAAUACCGCCGAUUGUCUAGCCCACAGGCAAUCUCCACACGCCCAACCGCAGAGCGUUCCAGCAAAUACCUGCAUUAUAGCAUCUUCUGCUGAUGUGCCUACUAAGAUUCCCAAGAUAUUCGAGGCAGAAGGCUAUUUAAGAGGGAAGAAUGGGCGUAAGACAGAAUUUGUAUCCAACAGACAUUGGACGGGCUUAAUAUAUCUAUUCCCUGAAAUCUAUUCGCUCCGGAAUGAACCUAGCAGUCAUCCCAUCUGCUACAUGAUCAGUCAAGUAUUCAGGCACAUUCGUGAACGUGGCAAGAAGCAGAAACCUGAACCGUUAUCAUCAGUGGUCCCUUCGCUAUCAAUUGACACUGCGCUUCGUGGCCUUGUGCCUUCGAAGUCACUUGCCAGUACUCUGCUGAAUGUCUACCUUGAGAACUUCGAAAACACACACCGUGUGAUCCAUAUUCCAUCUUUCAAAGAGGAGUUCGAAGCCUUUUGGCGCUCACCAGGGACGUUGAGCCUUUCUUGGAUCGCAAAUUUAGUCAUCAUUCUUCGACUCGGGCUACUUGCGCACCCCGAUCGUGAAAGUAUUUCAAAAGGCGCCUCCCCAGAAUGGCUCCAACGCAUAGAAUCUCAGGGCUUGCAGCUAGCUGAAUUGUUCUCACAUUGCAGAUCAUCAGAGGGCCGACCGUCCCUCGACUAUGUCCAAACCCAAUGCUUGCUAGUCGUGGCUCGCAUAACCGAUGGAUCGAAAGCAACAAUUGCCUGGAAACUAGCGGGACAAUUGGUACAAACCUGCGUUAUAAUGGGGUUUCAUCAGGAGCUAGAGUUAGUCGGCGGUACUAUGUCCAUAUUUGACGCCGAGAUGCGUAGGAGAUUGUGGACAACAGCCUUGGAGUUGUAUAUACAUGUCUCAAGGCAUGCCAGUGUACACGAAUCAUUUCUUCAGGCCCAAUACAAUAUACGCCGCCCAUCAAAUAUCAACGAUCGAGACAUGUCGGCUGGCAUGACACACCUACCAACGCCUGACUUUAGGGUAUCAAUCAGCGAUACAUCCUUCCAGCAUGCACUAUCAGAAUCGUUAGGACUCCGCCUGCGCUUGGUAAGCUCCCACCGCAAUGACCUUGGACAAGCUGAAUUGACAGGAGACCACUGCGCAUCCUGUGGCCUACGCAACCGACUACUUUUGAAAGCGCCAUACGUGCUGUCAAAUGGUCAACCUUUUGAACAAGGCACUUAUGACCAGCGUCAGCAUGUGAUGUUAUGUCUCACUCAUCAAAGUACAUUUCUCCAUUACAAAUUAAUAGAUCUUUUCAAAGACACAGGAUCAGAUCUUCAUUCUAAGGAACUAGUUCUGGACGCUUGUCGCUCGAUUCUCAGACUCUACCAGCACCCUGACCUCUCUCCAGUACAGCGAUAUAUUGUAGGGCGCUGGUAUCGAAACGACAUCCUGACCUCUGUUAUUUGCCUGUGCUUAACGUUGAGGUUGACACAACCUAAUGGUGCAGACAGAUGUGUCGUACCGCUGACUCAAGACCUUUCCCUAGUGCAGCAAAGUUUGAAAUUGGUUGAAGAUACCCUUUAUCUACUCUCAAUGAGACAGGACCAAACCCAAAAUGAGACGGAGGAGCAUGUACUUCUUGUGCUGCUGUUCGCUAUUGUCAAGUCAAAGGGUAUACAGACAGAUAUUCCAGGUCAAUUACAGGAGUGUUUGAGAAGCCUCGGACUUCCGGUCUUGCUGCCACCCGGUGAAAAUUCGUUAGAAGGAACAGGCGAUAGUCUGACCGAGCGACAUGCGCCUUCAGGGCCCAACUUGGAGGCGUUUGCUCCUACGCCCAAAAGCUUUUCAUCUGUGGACAUGGACAUGGUCUUUGAUAUUGAUUCAUUUAUGUCAGAAUUCGCUCUGGACAUUCCGUUCUGA